GAGAGGUUUCAGCUUUUAUUGUUAUAUGAAUUAAUAAUUAUGCAAUUUUAAUAUUUUAUGCAUGAUUAAAGUUGCGUACAAUGUAACAAAUAUACAGACUUCACAACUUUGGAGUAUAAACGAAAAAAGCAACCUUAUUGACUUCCCAAGUUAAGCCUUACUUUUUCUUAUUAUCCUUAGCGAUUUUUUUAAAUAAAAGAUGGAAAAGUUUUUUAAAGUAGGCUUCAUUAAUAAGUUUCCUACAAUAUCGACUAGCAGCAGAAGUGACAACUUCAGAAUGGUAUCGAUCAGUUGGUGAAAUGAGCUAAAUCCAACCUCAAUUCGUCUGCUACAUCAAGAAAGAUUGCGAAGAAAUUUAUUUAUUUUGAUAUUCUACCAACGUUUUUCGCCUGGAUCAUCUGGUGUUUGGAGAAUUAAAAUACUUCGACAUGUCCGCUGCAUACAAAGUUUCAACAUUUACCAAAAUACAAAGCCUGUGGAGGCAAGGUUGGAUAGAAAUACCUGAAGUCAUGGCAUCAAGUGGUCUUGCUCUUCUUGGAAUUACUUUGUCCAUUGGUUCAUAUUUAUACCAAGAUCCAAAAGGAUGGAAUUUGAGAUAUUUAAAUAAAGAAUUAAUUUUGAGACCAGAUGAUCCACGAGUCCCAAGGAUUAAGAAAACUGGGGUCAACUAAUAGCAAUUAAACAGUUGUUGAUAUUUUUAUUAAAUAAUGUAGAUGAAUAAACCAUUAAUUAGUUCAAUAUAUUACAAUUUAUUUAAAUAUUUAUAUAUUUACAAACAAUGGGCUAAAAUUUUUUUUUUUCAAAAUAGGCUCAGUUGAAUUGUCCAAAUGUCAAUAAAAAUUUCAAGAUAAAAUAUCA